AUAAUGAGCAGCGAAAGGCCAGAGUCGGACACCUCUGGCAGUCCGAGAGCUAGCAUUGCUGGUCCCUCCAGUGGCCAGCGGAGGGAAAGGGGAGCAAUUGCAGCGCAGGUUAGCCAUGUUUUAUCUCUAUCCAGGGCCUCUUCCGAGAAUAACAAGACAGGAUACGACCAGAGGACUGACCUGUCAUUCUUUAUAAUCACGCCCACAGGCCUGCGAAAAGACAAGACCCUUGUGGAAAUUCUCGAACGCAUCAAAGGCUUGGAGCGCAAGUUUGACACCCUGACCAUGCAGCAGGCCGCUUUCCAUGCACCUAUGAUGACAAACCACCCGGUAGUCACCCAAGUAUCAAUGCCUCAAGAUAGCCUUUCUCCCAUGACGGCUACGGGAGCCCACGCUUCUGAAGACGGCAGUAUAGUCGCAGGUGUUAAUCCGCCUCAUGCGUACGCUACGUCGGUCCAUCAGAUGCUUGGCUGGCCUAUAAUUCAACAGCUGCUCAACAGUGUCAGCGCAAGGAUGCCCGAGAUUAACGUGGCCAAUAUAGAACAAGAAGGAGUCAACAUCAUUCUGGGCAUCAACAAGUCGGACUACCUGCCGGCCGAACCAGUUGGACCGGUGACCACUAUUGACUCGACCACGUCGAUGCCUAACCCAAGCAUUUCAGGGUUUGGUGGUAUCCCACUAACAACCACCUCCAUGCAGGUGCUCUCGAAUGCAUACUUUGACACCUUCAACCAUUGCCAUCCCUUGUUAGAGCGGCAUACCUUUAUGAGCGAAAUUCUGGGCCCACUUUGCAAUGAUGGCUUGGACGAUACCGUCAAGUCGACCUUGGGAUUGGUUGUGUUUGCUUUGGGAGAGCUUUCCAUCGCAGGCGAUCAUGGUGCACCCGUCACUAUGUACAACACCCGCCCCAGUGGCGUCAAAGGCGGCACACUUAGAAAUCCACCCGGUCUGGCAUUAUACAACGAGGCGCGGCGGCGGAUGGGCUUCACCAUGGCCGACUCAUCGCUCGAAACUGCCCAAGCAUUUGCUCUAGCUGGGUUAUACUGCGAGGCCUGCUUCAGUCACACGGAAUUUUGGCGCAUGACAAUGUCUGCCGCUCUGGCUUGCCAGGCACUGGUGCUUGGGAGGUCGACGGAGUCUUCAUCCGCAAGCGCAGAUAUGAUCAGGCGAUGCUUUUGGCACUGCAAGAUAAUGGAAAGGCAGGUUGACUUUUCCGUAAGGUCUUUCAACGAAACUAUUGUGCUGACUCCAAACAGCUAUUUUGAUAUCGAACUGGGUCUUCCCCGUGGUAUACUGGAACAGCUGGAGGACAUUGUCGGGCCUCCGGUGUUCAGUGGAUUGUUCUCUCACGAUUACAUCACUGGAACGUCCUUGGCGCGGGACCAUUUUGUGUCUGCCGUAGCAAUGCGGAGACUGGCUUUAGAAGCUCACGCAAUGCUUAAUAACGGUCAUUUUGCUUCUCGCUAUUCCACUGGCGCUCUCGAUCCGGAUGGGUUCAAUCUGGCUGUCAAGAAUUUAGCCAGCCAGGCCGAACACUGGCGGACAAUGCUUCCACCGCAGCUCCGCUGGCGCGAGACACAGCCCGGCGAGUUUCCCAACCCCUCCCUCUACUCUGACGUCCACAACUCGUCGGUGUUCGGCACUGCACCAUCUCUUGACGUACCCUCGCCGGCUCUGAGCUCACCAUCGGGUUUCAUGUUCACCACGGAUCUUGAUGUGGCGCCAGUUACAUACCCAUACAACCUCGAUAUCAUGACUGCAGUGCUGCGGUCGAGAUAUUACUACAUUAAGCUUGUAAUUCACCGCCCGUACGUCUACAAGGCGCUCGUAAACCCGGAACAAAUGACCGGAGAGGAGGCCGAGGGUGCGGCAGAGUGCCUCAGGGCCUGCUUAAAAUGGCCUGUGUCCAUGUCGCCAACGCAUGCGCACAAGAGGCUAAUCCCUUGCCUCUUCUUCUGGACUCAAAACAUGCUAGGAAUAUUGAUCCUGCUGCAUCUCAGCCAGAGCACCCCGAUGCUGUCGAGGAUACGCAGCACUUUAUGUGGAGAGAGCUUUGAGCUAGAAGCAAGCGAGACGGUUGGUUUGUAUCUUGACUGGUUGCGAGACCUCAAGAGUGUUGACGCAGCAGCCGCGUGGGCGUGGGCGAUUGUGAGAGCUAUAUACAAUCUCGAAGAAUAG